GGAAGGAUUUGACACGUUUUAGUUACACACUGAGAUGAAGAACUGUUUAUUUAUUUUUGCUAUUUUUAUAGGACAUGCGUACUGCCAAACGGAUACAGAUGCUAAAAAUCUGCUGACGAAUCUUUUUACCACACAAAGUUACAACAAACUGGUCAGACCAACAACAAACCAAUCAAAUCCAACAACAAUAUAUCUUGAAUUUUUUCUCUAUGGAAUAAAUGCAUUCGACGAAAUUCAGCAAAAGCUAACAACUACAGCUUAUCUCGAAAUCUACUGGUAUGAUGAACUUUUAACAUGGACGCCUUCAUCCUAUGGAAAUUUGGCAGACAUAUUUCUACCUCAAGAGGAUAUAUGGAGACCGGAUAUUGCACUAGAAAAUGGUUUUAAAGAUUUAGAAAGCCUCGGUUCGAAAUUUAUCCAUGCUGAAGUUGAUUAUGACGGACUCGUUUUGUGGAAACCGUUUCAUGUGUUUGACUCUAAAUGUAAGCUUGAUUCAACGUAUUUCCCUUUUGAGAAACAAUCAUGUAACAUAGAUUUUAUUGCUUGGGCAUUCGAUGAUAGCGAAGUCUACUUGGAAGUAGGGACAGAUGGAGUCAACACAGAAGAUGCUUCCGACAGUAAUGGUCAAUGGGAACUUGUUUCAUCUUCGAUCGUUUCUUUUUCUGAUGAAGGCGUUUCUCAAAUUCGAGCUACUCUGGUUAUUAAACGGAAACCACUUUUCUUCAUAAUCAAUAUCAUACUUCCGAUAGUAUUGCUCUCAGUUUUGAACAUAUUCACCUUCCAAAUUCCAGCUGAUAUUGGAGAGCGAAUGGGGUACACCGUUACAGUUUGGUUGUCGUUUGCAGUGUUUUUGACCAUCAUAAGCGCGUCACUUCCGCAAAGUUCAGAUACUAUUCCCGUGUUAUCCAUCUAUAUAAUAAUACAACUCAGUAUUGGUACAUUCAGCGUGUUGUUGUCGGCAUGGCUGUCUCGCAUAGUAUGUCUAUCAGAUGACAUUCCUGUGUAUUCACUGCUAAAGAAGGUUGCAUUGCUUAAGAGACGUUUGCACUGCGCAUGUUGCAAGAGGAAAGUUGAUAUAGUGAAACCUUGCAAAAUUGAUCAAAAUGGUGAUGAGCACUAUAACACCAAGAAUGAAACGGAUUCAAUCAAGAGAGAAAAAUCAGACGAGACAAAUGUUGAUUGGAAAGAAGGGAUUGCCGCCUUAGAUUUUACAUGUUUUUGGAUAUUUAUUAUAGUACUUAUUAUUUCAACCCUAGUGAUGCUGAUGACAACAGCUUUACAAAACUGACACAUACUGGAUUGAUAGUCAAAAUUGUAUCUGAAAAAAAAACGGACAAUCAAAUGACGUUUUAACUGAAGCACAAGGUAUAAUAUCAAACAAAAUAUUCUGUUUGCAAAAAUUACAAGAAAUAAACAUUAAUUUACAUAUUGAAUAAAAAUGCUGUAGAAAUUUAAA